GGAACAUCUUUGAACGAACGUGGUCUUUCGGCUUCCGCUAGCGUGUGAAGCGCGUGUGGCUGUGCAUGUUGUAUGUUUAGUGAUCGGUUGUAAUCAAAGUAGUAAGUGCGUUGUAUUUUAUACCGUUACACGUAUUUGUAUCAAAAUGCCUCCAAAAUUUGAUCCAAAUGAAAUUAAAGUUGUGUUCUUGAGGUGCGUUGGUGGAGAAGUGGGUGCUACCUCAUCCCUUGCACCAAAAAUUGGCCCCCUCGGUCUGUCACCUAAAAAGGUUGGUGAUGACAUUGCCAAAGCAACAGCUGACUGGAAAGGCUUGAAGAUAACAGUGAAGUUAACUAUACAGAACAGGCAGGCAGCAAUUUCGGUCUGCCCAUCUGCAGCUUCUCUCAUUAUAAAGGCUUUGAAGGAGCCCCCCCGAGACAGAAAGAAGCAGAAGAAUAUAAAACACAGUGGAAAUUUGUCAUUUGAUGAAAUUGUAAAUAUUGCCAAACAAAUGAGGGACAGAUCCAUGUCGAGAAAACUUGAAGGAACGGUGAAAGAAAUCCUUGGGACUUGCCAGUCUGUGGGAUGUACUGUUGAAGGGAAACCACCACAUGAUUUAAUUGAUCAGAUAAAUGCUGGUGAAUUGGAAGUUCCAGACGAUUGAAUUGAGUCAGUGAUGGAAUAAAAUUACAUUUUCUGCUA